UCUCCGCCGCCGGAGAUCACUGCUGCUGCUUUUCUAACCCUGGAAGUGACCUGGGACAGGUGCUAGAUUCUGACUUCGUUGAGACCCACAGAUUGCCCGUUUGGAUGGCGUGUCCACAUUGCACACCUAUCAUGCAACACAUUUAGAUUUUUGGGGGUCUUUUUUGGAGAAACUCUUGCCCAAUUUCCAUGUUGCUGGUAGCUCGCGAGUAGUUUCUUGUGGCUCCUCCAGCGAUUUAUUUCAAAUAUUUUUCCUGUCUUUCCUACAUUAACUCUUCGGGGUACUUCGACUGCCGGCACUCAUGAAUUCGGAUAUUAAUAUAUACCUCGGCCGAGAGAAGUCAAAUAUUAUGAGAAAGAGGGCGCUUAUGCUGCGGAAGGGAUGCAGCUUUGAAAUAACGAGCUCUGCGUCGGAGGAUUUGGGCUGCAGGCGAGGGGAAUUCAGCCGGAAGCAUUAUGGAUCUGUGGAACUGCUCAUCUCCAGUGAUGCAGACGGAGCCAUACAGCGAGCCGGGCGAUUCCGCGUGGAGAACGGGUCAUCUGACGAGAUCACAGACUAUACCCCAGGAACAUGGAGAAGAACAGACGUCCACCUGGAGAACCCAGAAUACCACACCAGAUGGUUCUUCAAGUAUUUCUUAGGGAAAGUACACCAGAACUACGUUGGAACAGAUGCUGAAAAGAACCCUUUUUAUCUGUCAGUGGUUCUGUCGGAUCAGAACAACCAGCGCGUGCCCCAGUACCGGGCCAUCUUGUGGAGGAAAACGGGAACGCUCAAGAUCUCUCUUCCUUACAGCCCCACAAAAACACUAUCCGUCAAGUCCAUUUUAAGUGCCAUGAAUCUUGACAGGUUUGAGAAGGCCCCCAGGGAAAUACUCAACCCAGAGAUCCAGAAGGACCUGCUGGUGCUGGAGGAACAAGAGGGAUCUGUAAACUUCAAAUUUGGUGUGCUGUAUGCCAAAGACGGACAGCUCACAGAUGAUGAGAUGUUUAGCAACGAAACCGGAAGUGAAAACUUUAACAAGUUCCUGAACCUUCUUGGAGACACAAUUUCACUACAAGGAUGGGCGGGAUACAGAGGGGGCCUGGACACAAAAAAUGACACUACAGGAAUACACUCCAUUUACACCGUAUACCAGGGCCAUGAGCUCAUGUUCCACGUGUCCACCAUGUUGCCAUACUCCAAGGAAAACAAGCAACAGGUGGAGCGGAAGAGACAUAUCGGGAACGACAUUGUCACGAUCGUGUUCCAAGAAGGGGACGACGCUUCAACAUCGUUCAAGCCGUCCAUGAUCCGAUCCCAUUUCACGCAUAUUUUUGCCUUAGUUCGAUAUAACAGUCAGAAUGACAGUUACAGGUUGAAGAUAUUCUCAGAGGAGAGUGUGCCGCUUUUUGGGCCCCCCCUUCCCUCCCCGCCAGUGUUUACAGACCACCAAGAAUUCAGGGACUUUUUGCUAGUAAAAUUAAUUAAUGGGGAAAAGGCCACCCUGGAGACGCCGACGUUUGCACAGAAGCGGCAGCGGACGCUAGACAUGCUGAUCCGAUCGCUGUACCAGGACCUCAUGCCAGACCUCUACAAGGUUCCCUUCUCUCCCCAGAACAUGCUGAACCGGCGGUCAUUCAGUGACGUCCUGCCUGAGUCACCAAAGUCCGCCCGUAAGAAGGAAGAGGCGAGGCAGGCUGAAUUUGUCAGGAUAGGGCAGGCACUGAAGCUGAAGACCAUCGUGAGAGGAGACGCCCCAACUAGUCUUGUCACCACGGGGUUGUACAGAAAGGAGCCCUGGGAGCCUCAGUCCUUCUACAGCAGUUUUCCCCAUGAGGUUGUGUGCAGUGACUCCUGGGGUCAGUCUGUGCUCAUCGCUACGGACACUGCAGGAGUCAUGUUGCUGGACAGUCAGGAUCCCACUGCUCUGAACUCAGACACGCCGCCACCUCCUGUGCAGGUGUUUGACAAAACCAUGGUGGUCAAACAGAUGCAUGUUAUUGAACCUCAGGACCUUCUAAUCACUAGGGCAGACAAGGGGAAAGACGCCCGGCUGUACGUUUUCAGAUUAAGCAGCCUCAGCAGGGCCUUAGAUGGGCAGCUUGUCCGCACCAAGUACGACAGCCGAGAAAACAAGCUGGAGAAGACGAAAGGCUGCCAUUUGUAUUCCAUUAACACUCACCAUGGUGCAGAGCUGCGCAUCGUGGCAGCCAUUCGCAACAAGCUUCUCCUCAUCACCAGGAAGCCGCUGCCGGCAGAAUGCCUGAGUGCCGUCGCCAUGGUGACCGCGCCCCCUGAGUCACCCGUGGAGGAGUUCCAGUACAUAAGGGAAAUCUGCCUGUGUGACCCUCCUGUUGUCAUGGCACUGGUGGACGGCCCGACGGGGGAGAACGACAACAUGAUCUGUGUGGCGUACAAGCACCAGUUUGACCUCAUCAACGAGAGCACCGGGGAAGCGUACCGACUGCACCACGUGGACGCCAACAGGGUCAACUUCGUGGCAGCCAUUGACGUAUAUGAGGAUGGAGAAGCAGGCCUGCUAUUGUGCUACAACUACAUCUGCUACUAUAAGAAAGUAUGUCCGUUUAAUGGAGUUACAACUAUGAUCCAGUCCGGAAGCUCUGACUUCCAUUUCAGCUGGAAUCAGAUGCCUAACUCCAUUGUGUGUGCUUUUCCUUACAUCCUAGCCUUCACUACAGACUCCAUCGAGAUUCGGCUGGUGGUGAACGGCAACCUGGUGUACACCGCCGUGGUGCCUGAACUGCAGCUGAUUGCAUCCAGGUCUGAUAUCUACUAUGUGUCUUCUGCAUCUCUGAAUGCAGCUUCCAACUGUAGUUCCAGAGACACCAGUUCUCAAAGCUCCCCUCAGACCCCCACGGCUUAUGAGAUGCCUGUCUUCCCCUCGCCACUGGGAGAUGAUUCUAUUAGGAUACCCUACGGCAGCAAGCUCUCCCAGUACAUGUCCAAAGAAGCCGAAGGUGAGACUCUGGCGAAGCACAUCUUCAGGAUCCCCCUGUGCAACCUGGUGGGCCGCAGCAUUGAGAGGCCCCUGAAGUCGCCGCUUGUCAACAAAGUGGUGACCACGCCUGUGCUCAGUGUGCCCACUCCCUCCCCCGUGGUGUCCGUCUCGCACUCGCUCUCUCUGUCCCGCAUGGAGAUCAAGGAGAUUGCCAGCCGCACACGGAAGGAGCUUCUCGGUCUUACGGAGGAGCCCAGCAGCAAAUCAGAGAACACGGUGAAGCAGAGGAAGACCAGCAAGAGGCUGGCAGAGAAGGAGCCCAAACCGAGGACCUUGAGGUCAGCCAGCAGUGACAGGGUGGGCUCCGAGUCGGCAGACACGGAUUCGGACGCCCCACGGCACUGCUCAUCGAGCUCUGAAGCGGAGCUUGAGCGCAUCGAGGUGCGGGAGGAGAGCCCCUCGCUGGCCAGCCCCUUUGCACUCACGUCCUCAUUCGAGGAAGACGUUUUGGACUUGAAGUGAAGGAGACGCAGGAGGGACACCUGCCCGUACUGCCCAGCCAUGCUGAGGAGGGAUAUCACGGUGAAUUUCCAUAGCCCUGCCGAACCUUUAACGUUUGGCCAGGGUCACACCUAAAGAAUGACACGACUGAAGAUUUUGGUACAUUUCGUACUACAUAUUGCAAAAUAAAAAAAAAAAACAGUAAAGGUAGUUGUUAAUUUUUUUUAUUGUCAACAUAGCAUAAUGCUUUGCAAUAUACUACAUGGAAAAGUAUAGAUAAAUUUAUAUAGUAUAAUAUAUGUAUAUAUGUGUAUGUACACACAUGCACAUGUACAUAAAUUCCUAUUUUCUUGCAUAUUUUGAUUUUUAUCGUUUGCUUCCAUCUGUUUCUGUGUUUUCUUUGUCACACAUGCUUGUUUCGUAAUACAAUUCGCAGUAAACGUAACAGUACGAUAACGGACCGUCAGUCCCAUGUGCCAUUGUCCACACAAUCUGCUCUUCUCGACUUGUUGCUGAUUUAUGGCAGUCAAACCUGAUGUUUACUUAAGGUACUGAACAACACACGAUCGACACAGUCCUGUCUCUCAAGGAAGUUCAUAGGUAUUGUAUUCCUUAAUUGUUGACCCACUGGCAUGUAUUUAAUAAGCCGAAGAAAAAAUUACCUACACAAAAGCCGUAACUUUAUAAACUUGUGACAUCAUUACUCUAAAAAUGCAGCCCUGCUUAGGGUGUCGAAAAUCCUGCAUGUCUUAUCUAUGCCGUACUGAUGCUUCGCCAGCUUGGAAUCCAUCGUAACCAAAGGACACCCACUGGAUUACAGCGAUAUUCCAUCUGCGGGCGUUUUUUUUAAUACUGAGAAUUAUAGUCAAGAUAAUCGUGGAAAAGGGCUGAUAUUUCACGCACCUUGUUUAAGGCUCAGAGUAGCUGUGGCGCAGUCAGGCUUUUCAAAAUCAGGAGAAAAUGAGACCAGGUCAGAUAGAUUGUUUUGUAGUAACUGAGACUUUUUGCCCACUAAUAUUGAAGAGAAGUGUAGUAUCUCACAAAUUAGUGUGAGACAUUUUAGUGGCUUGUUAAAAUCAAGUACUUUCCUCAGCUUCAGGACAGGAUCCUUUUUAUGAAACAGUAUUAAUACAGAACUAUAUGCCUUGGGAAAGCGGCCAUUUUUGACUUGAGUCAGCCUGCGCCCUCUUGUGGCAUAUUUGCAACAUUGUCGCCGUUGUGUGUAAUGCAUGAAGGACCUUCUAUUACUUCGCUCUCUCUUUGUUUACUUGUUUCAAUGUGAACUAUUCAACACUAUGAGCCUUGACAUAAAGGGAAAUAUGGGAAUAUUUUUGCAAAUGUACGUACGUGUUAUUUAUUAUGAUUAUAAUUAUAACUGAGUGUUGGUGAGUGGGGGGAACAUUUGAUGGUUGAAGUUUGUAAUACCAGUAAAGCAGUUUGAAUGUUUUAUUUCCUUUUAAUUUAGUCCCAUUCUGUUCCGAUGGCCCCUAGACGUUUCGCAGUGGUUUUGUAUCUAAAUCAAUAUUUACUGUUUAGACUGUUGCUGAACCUCUGUGAUAUUAAAAUGAAACAAAAUUAUUUAAAAAAAAACACCAAGUGUCUUAAAAUAUAUUGUAUUGCCAUUGUUUUUAAUGCCAAGUACUACUUGUAAAUGUUUGUGUUUAAAAUGUGGCCUCCAAUGAAUCUGAAUUAUAAUUAUUAGUAUUAUUAUCAGUUCUAUUAUUUGAACAAUUUUAAGUGCUGUUGACCACUGCUGUGAAAGUAUUUAAUUUUGUUCAUCGACAUGAAAUAAAUAUUUAAGAAAUUGGA